CUUCACUGUAUCCUCUUCCUCUGUAUGAAAAGCCCCCUAUAUAUACCACUCAUUGCUUCUCAUAAAACCACAAUUCUUUGCCAACUCAAUCUCCUCUAAAGCUCUCUCUUUCAUCGAUCUCUUUCCUUCUUAUGUGAACCAACAAAAUCUCACAUUCCAAAAAAUAAAAAUCUUGCACGAGAAUAUACAGAACGUACUUAGCUUAGACAGAAAAAAAUGGAUAAAAAAUUGCCAGUUGUAGCGAAAAAGUUCUGGAAGAUAGUCCGUGUGGCGUACUUCAUGUUGAGAAAAGGAUUAUCGUCAAAGAGAAAGCUAAUGUUCGAUCUCAACUUAUUAAUGAAACGUGGCAAGAUUGCUGGCAAAGCCGCCUUUCAAAAUCUCAUGUUCCAGGGCAAUAAUAAUAUCAAUCAGGGACACCAAUCAACGUCGAAGGAGUUUUACGAGUUCAGCUGCAGUAACAGCCCAGCUUUUCAUCUCCCAUUCCACCUCAACAAACGCAUUAAUAAGCAUAGUCACCAUGCCCAUGUCAUUGAGAAGCACGAAGAUGUUUCAAUGAUAAAUGCUGCUGUCUUUAAGGCAUUGGAGAUGAUACAGAGUGAAACGGCAUCACCUGCUUUGCCUGGAUUCGGGAGGACACCUACUGUGAGGCAAUUAAGGAUCACUGACUCUCCUUUCCCUUUAAGAGAUGGAGCAGAUGAGGGUGACAUGAUGAGCCACGUAGACGAGAAAGCUGAUGAAUUCAUUUCUCGAUUCUACAGAGAUUUGAGACGAGAACCUUCUGCUUUUGCUUAAUGUUAUAGAAGAGAGUAUCGAAAAAGAAAAUCAUGUUAAACAGUUUAUAAAUGUGAUGAUACCCCUAAGCUAAUUAUUCGUUUCAUCCUGUAAGACAUUCAAGGCUUAAGUCCUGAAAUUUUGCAUCAACAAGUUGGUUAAUCCUCUAUUAAUUUGA